UAGUGUUUUUAUUUAGUUUUUAUUUAUUUUUAUUGUACAUUUUUACUUUGUUAGAUUUCUAUUUUUGGGUCAACUUUGAUUUAGUAGAUUUUUUCUUUAUUUUUGGAUCAAGUCGUUUUAGUUUUCGGGCUCAGCCCGUGUACCUUAAGCCCAGGCCCCUUAUUCUUUUAAAGGGCGCUGUUUUGGUUCAUGACCCUAGCUCUUUUAUUCUAAUUUUUCCUUUUUCACAUAUAUAUUAAUGCAUGCUGAUACGGACUUAUUUUGUACCCCCGCAAAUGACCACUAUCUAGCAACCUGCAACGCAAAUAGACCUCUAAUGUUUAAGUAGUGAGAAUUGCAUAUAUAAUUAAUAAUUAAUAAUUCAAAAUAUAUUUUAAAAAGCAACCUAAUUCCUAAUGAAGAUCAACCCCUUGGUCUAAAUUAAAUUGUCACAUCAUUUCUAAUAAUAUAUAGUCAAUAAGUCAAAAGGGACACGAGCAACAAUAUUUCUCUUAGAUUCAAAAUGUACGUUCUAAUUAAUUUACAGCAUUAAAGAGUUAAAAAGUAGUAAUGAGGAUUGAUUGACCACAACAAGUGGCCGACCACCUCCGAUGGGUAAAAAGUAAGUACUUGCUGAAGAAGUUUGUGGCAAAUGCUUCAAUGGUAAAGAAUUAGCUGUCACGCGAGAAGAGGCCCACAACACUUAUGAAGCAAAAUGAACAAUUGGACAGAAUUCGUCAAACACUCCACGAGGCACUCGACCACAUCACAAAAUUACACAACGCAUCCCAACACUUCACAUGGAACUGUCAGCCACAUCACAACUACAUAUAUCACCCCCAAUAAACAUCCACAAGACAUAACUUCACAUAUUACAAUUCACAAUUUCCAUCAACAAUGAUUUUUAAGGUUAGUCCGAGAGUCACUUACACACGGAGGGGAAAAUCUAUGGAUGAUCACAAGCGUCCCGAGCUCAGAGCGAGAUAGAGGAGAAACUGAGAGGGUGAGACAGAGAGUAAGGGAGGGGAAACCAAGAGGGAAGGCAGAGCUGGGUGGCCGUUAGCUUGAGAGAGAGUGUGAUGGAGACAGAAUGAGAGAGACAGAGUGACGGAGACAGAGGAUGGAGGAGGAAAAGUGAGAGACGGCAGGAGGAGAAGUACGCAAACUAGAGGUGGUAAGAGUGGCUGGCGGCCCAAAAAUUUUAGAGAGAGAGACUGACGGAGACAGCGAGGGAGAAAUAGAGAGGGAAGGAGAGGGGAGUUAGGGUUUGCGUGAAAUGGGACAAAACGGCACCGUUUUGAGGAGAUGGGCAGGCCUUCUCUGAAGGAUUUGGGGCCUUAGUUGUGGGCUGGAAAGCCCUCAACUCUAAAAAUUGUGUUCAUAUUGAUGUUUGUUUACGUAAUAACACUUUUCACACUCAAACUACGGUUUUUUUCUUACCAUAAACCCUAAGAUAUUGCAUACAUUUAUGAUUUACCCAUUAAAUUGGUCAAGCGGCACAUUCUUGAUAUUUAUGGUCAAAUUAAUUUGGAAGGUAUAAACUAAUUAAAAUUUAUCUGUAAUUUAGAAUGCAAAUUAAUACUUUACAAAACUUUAGCAUGGUUUAAAUUGAAUAUGGGUGGUAUUUUUUUAACACAUAAAUGUCAGGUACUAAAAAAAAUUACUACAACGAUUAAAGAAAACAAUGAACAAAGAAUGACGACCUACAUGGCUUUGGUUCUCCACUAUUUUGAAAGUCCCAUUUAUUUUCCCUUUUUCUUAGUCUUGAAUUUGAUAAAGACGAUCUCUACACCUUCUUCGAUCACCACUUACGAUGAUAGUUUUAGUAUAGUACUUCAGCUAGCCAUGCGAAUUGUUACACUUUCAAAAUUUAUAUGUUUUUAACGAUUGCUAGUUCAGAAAGAUUGAUAUUUAUCGUCUAGAGUGUGUAAGUUUCAUGCACUCUUUUUCAAAAAAGUAGAUUAAUUUGGGCCCCUCAUGUAAGAAUUAUUUUAUUAAUGAUAAAUUUCACAUUUUUUCAAAUUGAGUGCGUGAAGUUUGCACAACUUAAGAUUAUUCUAGCAUUACUCUAAUGAGAAUAAAAUUAACUUGUGCCUCGCCAAUAACGUCAUUUAUUACAUGAGAAUAAAAUUAUGCGUAAAUCAUGUUCCCAUGUCUUUUAACAUGAGAAAGUCAAAUUCAUGAAUUUUCUUUUAAUCCUUUUGCAUUGGCAAGAACGAAUCUAAAUUUAUUGAAGAAAUUGUUCAAGAGGUCUCAAAAAUAGUACUAAAUCGUACAUAUUUGCAUGUUGCUGAGUAUCCAGUGGGAAUAAACUCUCGUGUAGAAGAUAUUAGUGAGCGAUUAUGUAUUGAGGAGAAUGACAUACGCAUGAUAGGGAUUUUUGGUGUUGGUGGAAUUGGGAAAACAACUAUUGCAAAAGAGAUGUAUAACCGCAUUACUGAUCAAUUUGAAGGCAGCUGUUUUCUUGCAAAUGUUAGAGAAUCUUCAAAAGAAAAUCAAGGUGGUCUCGUAAAGUUCCAAGAGACAAUUCUUUCUGACAUUCUUAAAGAUUCAAGUUUGAAAGUUAGUAAUGUCGAUCAAGGAAUCAAUUUGAUAAUGAAGAGACUUUGCCAUAAAAGAGUUCUUUUGGUUCUUGAUGAUGUUGAUUGUUUGGACCAAUUAAAAAAAUUAUGUGGAGGAUGCAAUUGGUUUGGUUCUGGUAGUCGAAUCAUCAUAACAACAAGGGAUGAGGGUUUACUAACUAAGCAUAGUGUUUAUCUCAAAUAUCGUAUGAAGGAAAUGGAUCACCAUGAAGCUCUUCAGCUCUUUAGCCAACAUGCUUUCAAAAGUGACAGACCUGAUGAUGCUUUUGCGGAUGUCAUAAAACUUGCACUAAAGUGUGCUGACGGCCUUCCACUCGCUUUACAAGUGAUAGGCUCAAAUCUAUAUGGAGAAGAUAUACAUUUUUGGAAAAGCGAAUUGGAAAAGUACAAAAGAAUUCCAGAAGAAAAUAUCCACAAAAAACUCAAAAUAAGUUAUGAUGGAUUAGAUUAUCAUACAAAAAAGAUUUUUCUUGACAUUGCAUGUUUCUUCAAAGGAGAAUACAAAGAUUAUGUCACUAAAAUAUUGGAUGGUUGUGGUUUCUUUGCCGAUGCCGGUAUCAAAAAGCUCAAUGAUAAAUGUCUCAUAACUAUUGAUAAAUAUGAUCUACUGUGGAUGCAUGACUUAAUACAAGAUAUGGGUAGAGAAAUUGUUCGACAAGAAUCACCUGAAGAACCUAGCAAGCGCAGUAGAUUAUACUUUCACGAAGAUGUUUGGGAAGUACUUAAAGAAAAUAAGGGAAUAGAUCAAAUUGAAGGCAUAUUGAUAGAUCUGCCUCGGGAGGACAGCAUGACACAAUUGAGUACUAAGGUGUUUGCAAACUUGAAAAACCUCAGAAUAUUUAUAAACCGCAAUGCAAGUUUUUGUGGCGGAUUGGAGUAUCUCUCUAAUAAGUUAAGAGUUCUUGAUUGGCCUCUAUGCCCUUUGGAGUUUUUGCCAUCUACUUUUCAUGGAGAGAAACUCAUUGUUUUAAAAAUGCAAGGAAGCAGGAUUAGAGAUUUAGGCACGAGAUUGCCAUAUAAGAACUUAACAAGUAUAGAUUUCAGUGGAUCUGAAUACUUGACAAAAAUAUCAGAUCUUUCAAGUUGCUCAAAUCUAAAGGAGUUGAUUCUUAAUGGAUGUGAAACUUUAGUUAAGGUUCAUGAUUCUGUUGGAUUUUUGGAUAAGCUUGUUGAAUUAGGAUUUUAUAAUUGCUCCAGUCUGAAGUAUUUGCCAAGAAGCUUUAAGUUGCAAUCUCUAGAAUUACUUGAACUUAGAGGUUGUACAAGCCUUGAAUACUUUCCUGAAAUUGAGUGUGAAAUGGAACAUUUGAAAUGUAUCCAGUUAGAUAGCACCGUAAUACAAGAGCUACCUUCAUCCAUUACAUAUCUCACUGGGCUCAAGCAGUUUGUUUGGAGAUGGUGCGAAAGCCUUGGGUGUCUUCCAAUAGACAUUUUUCAGUUGGAAUGUCUAGAGGAAGUUGAUGUCUUUUAUUGUCCAAAUUUUGUAAAUUUUGGAAAGGAGGUGGGUCAAAAUGGACAAUCCAUGCCAUGUACUCAAGCAUUGCUCCCAUUGCCGCCUCCAAAAUCAAAUUUCAAUUUGAAGAAAUUAAGUUUUUCACGUAGUGGUAUUGUUAGCCUUCCUCCAUGGAUAGAAGGACUUGCUGGAUUAUCUCACCUUGAUUUGGAAGGCUGCGAGCAACUUAAAGAAAUUUUACAACUUCCACCAAAUAUAAAAGUGGUAGAUGCUCGAAGAUGUAUAAGAUUAGUUGAGGUUCAUGAUUCUAUUGGAUUUUUAGAUAAGCUUGUUGAAUUGAGAUUGAAAGGAUGUUACAGCCUAAAGAAUUUGCCAAGAAGCUUCAAGUUGAGAUCUCUAGAAGUGCUUGAACUUGAAGGUUGUACAAGCCUUGAAUACUUUCCUGAAAUUGAGUGUGAAAUGGGACAUUUGAAAUGUGUCCGGUUACAUAGCACUGUAAUACAGGAGCUACAUUCAUCCAUUACAUACCUCACUGGCCUCAAGGAGUUAUAUUUGAGAGGGUGCAAAAGCCUUGUGCGUCUUCCAAUAAACGUUUUUCAGUUGGAAAGUCUAUGGGCAGUUAACAUCACUAAUUGUCCAAAUCUUGUAAAUUUUGAAAAGGAGGUGGGGCAAAAUGGACAAUCCAUGCCAUGUACACAUGAAAAUGAAAUUUCAUCAAGUAUGGAGUUGUUCCCAUUACUGCCUCCCGAAUCAAAUUUAUCUCGGACAUUUAAUUUCUCAUCUAGUUUGAGUUAUUUAACUCUAUCUAAUAGUGGUAUUGUUAGGCUUCCUCCAUGCAUCGAAGGACUUGUUGGAUUAUGUGACCUUGAUUUGGAAGACUGCAUGCAACUUGAAGAAAUUCUACACCUUCCACCAAAUAUAGAAUAUGUAAAUGCUCGACGAUGUGUGUUAUUGGAACGCUUUUCUCAUUUAUCAACAAAAUCUCCAUUCGGUAUACCCGACUUAAAACGGCUAAGCAGGAUUGAUUUAUCGGAGUGCAAUAAAGUGCAUGUGGAUGUAGGAAAUGAUGCGCCAAAUCCAUUAUUGGUUCAGGAACGUUUUCGGAAGAAAGAUUCAAGUAUGAUUAUAUAUCCAGGAAGUAUGAUUCCAAAAUGGUUCAAGGAGACAACUUCAUAUAGUAAUUCUUGCGAAAUAGACAUUCUUGAUCGUAAUGGGUCCAUGUGUGAGUAUGAUCAAAUCGUGGCAUUAGUUUUGUCUUUUGUUGUGAGACCUUUUUGGGAAAGAAUUUCUAUUACAAUAAAGUACGGCCAGCAGAUAAUUAGAAAUGAUACGUGGCUACGGCCUUCAAUGGACCCACAUGAUCGUGCAUGUCUACAAUACAUAGCUGGGAAUUCUAUUGAUCAGAUGCUGUCAAGCAGUUACAGGAAGGGGAAUAAUAUGAGGUUUACCGUUGGAAGUGAUUCAAAGGAAGCAAUCUUCAAAAGUGUGGGAGUCCAUCUAAUAUGCAGGAAGUGGAAUCACAGAGCCCUCUCCUCUGCUUCCUCCUCCAAUUCCUCUUCUUUACCCUCUCAAUGGAGUUAAUACUUCAAACCAUUAGAAAUCAGUGUUUGUUUGUGAGCCACCUUCUCAAGCUUAAACCAACGUGAACAACCAUAGAUUACAGCAAACCAGUAAAAUGUGCAGCAGUGAACCAACAACCUAUUUCACCUCUUCCUCAACUACUCAACUCAAACCUCUUGUAGCUAUUUAACUUGCCUCAUUCUAGACCACCUCAAGAGGUAGCACAACCACCAUAGAAGCCACCAAAGCAGCAGGUAAGAUCCCUCUUUUAAUUCUGUCCAAAACUGUAGCAUAGCAGCAAACUCUUUCUGCAAUGCGUUUUCUCCUCUAAAUUUAUGCAAUUGAUUCCUUCCUACUAGUUUCUGUUUGGUAGACUCUCUAGCUUGUUUAUCUCCAUUUGAUCACUUCUAAAUCCUUGCUUGUGUAAUUAGGAAUGUAUUAGAAAGAGGGAAGGUUUGAAAACAAGAAAAUACACAAGCUCUUGGCUGUCCUUCCAGUGCAGAAAAAAUUCAGCAACUUCAACCCUUGAUUCCUAUUAAGUUUCAGCACCUUAGUUUGCUUUUAUUUCAUCUCUUCAACUCAGCCUCAAUAUGUGACAUUAGGACAACCAAAUGACCUUAAAAUCUCAGAUCAAAACCAGCUCUUAAGUAGCUGAAACUAAGGGGAACAGCAACACACACAACAACAGCAGAAAGUUGUAAGAGACAGCAGCAGUAACAGUUUCUCAUUUUGUUUUCCCUCUCCUUCUUACAUGUAAUCUCUUCUUACUCCAAGGACCCUCAUCUAUACAAUAUAUUCUAGUCCAGUGGAUGAAAUAUUCGAGCUCAGAAUGAAGCAAAACAGAAAACAAAAACAUCCUAUUUGCAGCAGCAGUUUUCAUAUUUGAACCCCUCAUUGUUUACCGUAAUUUCUAAUCCUCUUAACUCAAGCCUCCUCACCUCUAACUUCAUUUGGUUGAGUAAUAGAAAGUAUGGUGGAGGAAAUGAUAAUUUGGAGCAAGAAAACAUCUAUGAAUUGAAGUUUGGAAAUGAAUCAAACUUGCGGAAGGAAUCAAAGAAGGCAAAGAAUUGUAACCAUAACAAACUUCAACGAUUUAUCGUGGCUUGAGAUUGAAGGACAUGAUUGCAUCUGGCUAGUCCGUUGUGGGGAUUUUUCUUUCAGUUCACUUUUCUGAGAUCUAGUGGGGUAUGAAAUUUCCUUUUUGACGAGCAUUUCUUUUAAUUUUGGCUUUGGAUUGCUAGCCGGGGAAAAGUAAAGUUGUUGCUUUUAAUAACUAUAAUGUAGCUUUUUUGUUUGCUACUUUACUUGUUUUUUGGCAGUCUGGAUAGACCAAAAAGAUUCCUUUUGGUGUUGUAGGGGUUGCAGUUUUUCAAGAUCAAGAUAUUGGUUUUUUUCGAGUUUUGUGAUCGUAAAGUUUGGAUCACUUAUACCGUUUACUUAUCAAAAAAAAAAAAAAGUUUGGAUCACUUAUGGCGUAGGUUGUUUACAUGUAAAGUUGUGGUUUGCUUGGUUUUGGUUUAUAAAUAGGCAUGUUUAGAUUGGUUUUAUUGAUUGAUUUAUUUAGUUUAAUGUAUAGGUUGUUUUUAUUUUACUGGAUUUUGAUGCUUGGGAUGGUUUUUCUUGAAUAUUUGUAAAUCCCAUGUGUCCUGCUUGUUAUCACGGUAUUCCUCCGUCAUAAGUGAGGACAAUCAAUAAAAUUGGGGUACCGUCCUCUUCUUAAAAAAGAAAAGAAACCAAACUUAUGGCUUGUGUGCCUUUCCAAACUCUA